AGGUUUUAUUACGAAGAAGGGAACCAAGCAGGUUCAUUCACACCAGAGCAAUUGAGCUCCAUCAGAAGCGUGAGUUUGGCAAGAAUCAUCUGCGAUAACGGAGAUGAUAUUCAAGCCCUUCAGCCCCUGGUUUUCUUCCAACCAUCCAACAUUCAAAUUUUAUUGAUUUCAAAUUUUCUCCUGAAUCAGAAACCCAAGAAUGCCAUGCAACAGCUUCGCCAUACCAAGUUUGGACCUGACCUUGUGGCAAUCCAUCACUCAACCGAGCCAAAAACCGGGUUGUGUAGCUUUCUCCUUCCGGUUCUUUUCGCGUCUAUUUUCAUGGAUGCCUCUCGGUUUUUUGCUCUCUUCGUCCGGCUGCGGAUGUGGUCAGUCGUGGUAGCUGGGGAAAAGCUGGGGGAAAACCCCGGUGGGAAAUUAACUCGGGUUUCUCUAGUCGCUGGGCCCCUUGGAUUCCACAAGCGUAGCCCAAACAGACGGGUUUCAGGAAAAGUUCUCAAUUUGUUUCUGGGGGCUCAUGGUGGGCAGAUGAGGAGUGCGUUUGUUAUCCCUUGGGGAGAAGGUGGAUGGGAUGUGUGGGGUGGAGGUGUUCUAUUGCAAAGCAAAUUUUUAGUUUAUUACAACCCAGUACUAGGAAACCGCACAAGUGCUCUGCCUGAACAGAGCAAACCACUCGCUUAUAUA